UUAAGCCGGAGGCCCCUCCUCUCGCCGCCGCCGGUCGCGCCGCCAUGGAGGGGGGCGUGCGGCUGCGCGCGGGUGCCUCCAAGGGGGACGUCCGGGAGAAGGUGUGGGACUACCUGGAGGCCAGCGGCCUGGCCGAUUUCCCGCGGCCGGUGCACCGCCGCAUCCCCAACUUCAAGGGGUCUCACCAGGCUUGCUGCUCUAUCAAAGAGCUGGGUGUGUUCAACAGAGCACGUGAGAUUAAAGUGGAUCCUGACAAACCUCUAGAAGGUGUUCGGCUAGCUGCGCUGCAGGCAAGGAAGACUUUGUUGGUUCCCACACCACGUCUGAGAACUGGGCUGUUCAAUAAGAUUGUUCCACCUUCAGGUGCAACUAAGGAGAUCCUGCGAAUAUGUGCUACAUCUCAAGGUAUAAAAGAAUACAGUGUGCCUGUAGGUCUUGAUGGGAAAGCACGGGUGGACUUGGUUGUUGUAGGAUCAGUGGCUGUCUCUGAAAAAGGCUGGAGAAUUGGAAAAGGGGAAGGUUAUGCAGACAUGGAAUAUGCAAUGAUGGUGUCAAUGGGUGCAGUGCAGGAGGAUACACCUGUAGUUACUAUUGUGCAUGACUGUCAGGUGGUUGACAUAGCAGAAGAGCUUCUUGAUGAUCAUGAUUUAACUGUGGAUUAUAUACUCACUCCAACAAGAACUAUCAAGACUAAUUGCAAACGACCAAAACCUCAGGGAAUAAUAUGGCAUAAGGUCAGCUAUGAGAUGCUGGGAAAAAUCCCCAUCCUAAAGAGUCUUCGACACAGAGAGAAGCAGACUGGCAAGGAUGUUACCCUCCUAGAUGAACAUUCAGACUUGGCAAGUGCCAGCACACCAGCAGCCUUAAAUGAGAAGGCGAUGGCUGAAAAUACAAGACCGCAGGCUGCUAUGGGCUCAGCUCAAAUAGGACAACAUUAUGUGGAAAGUGAUUCUUUAAGUCCCAGAUUAGAGGGAUCUGGCAUGAUUACUACUGUGUAUGUGGGGAACAUACCUCCCAGCGUAAGAGUGAGCGAGCUGAAAUGUGCUUUAAGGGAAUUCCAUGCAACUCCUUUACGACUGAAUUGGCAAGGAGCACAGCACAGGGCUUUUCUCGAUUACAAGGAUAAAGCAACCGCAGAGAGUGCUGUAUCCUCUUUGAAAGGCUUGAGCCUCGGGGGUAAUACUUUGCGAGUUGAGCUGGCCAAGAAUCAGAGAAACAAAGGGCAAGUAGAAAUCAAUAGUCACAAAUGAAUAUGAAUAGAGGGGGAAAAAAUAGGCUUGUUUUCAUUGUUUUGUGAGAAGCCAACCUAAGUUUUCAAGGAUAUUAGUAUAUCCUCUAAUUUCUGCAGGCUAAACAACAAAGUGCAAAGCCAACUUUUCAAACAAAUGAGGCAUACAUCUCACAGCUGACUUGCCCUGCCUCAUUCCUGCAGUUGUACGUGCAAAGUCUAUUUAUCAAGACAGAUGACGGGCCAUUUCUCUAAACAGUUACCCACAAAGUACGCAUGCUCUCUGUAUUCGUUUUUCGCUGGCCGUGGGUUGAUUUGCUGUGCGGUGUGUACAUUUGUUAGGCCUGGAUCAAAAAUCCGCCCCUGGGUAGCUGUGUGCAGCCACAUGUACAGAGGUGAUUCUCUUCCGUCAUCUAAAGGUUGUACCUGCAAAUUUGUACUUGCGAGCUUAAAAGCCAGCUGCAGAAAACCCGUCUUAAGGGUUACAAUUCUGUUUACUAAAAAAAUGGGGUUUGCCUCUUGGGAGUUUCCAGCAUAUUUUUCAUAAAAAUGGCCGGGGAGAGAGAUUGCCCUUUUUGUGCUCUUGUGAAGAACGGCGGUGGAAACACUGGCUCAGCCACUGAGUUCUAGUAAUAGCUAUUAACAUCAGGUGGAAGAGAUGGUAGCCCCUUUCUCAGUUCUGUUUUGUUAAUUCAGCCCUUUGUAAACCUUUUAUGUCUUAUUUCAGUCUGGCAGAGGAAAGUGAAGAAGAGUUUUCUCCUCUGUUUUUCCCCAAAACGCUUCAGGUACUUUUUUCUUGGAUGCAGAUAAUUAUAAAAUAGAUGCUUUUCCUGAUUGUCUUGUCUCUUAUAAUUUGGUGUGAUUCCAUUGCCUCUGUGAAAUUACAUUAAUACUAAUCAUUGUAGUGGAAAUGAAAAGCAGACAGACCACGGUCGAAACUUGUGGGUGACUAGCCUGGUAUGGAGUUGUUUAAAAAGUUGCUGGAGAUAGUAGCAAAGCCUGUUCCUGCUGUGCCUUUGUCACCACCAGCGUGGUCUUCCUGCACCCACAACAUCAGACAGUCAUGAGGGUUAGACAGCAGCGCUGGCAGCUUUUCAUUGUGAAAGUGCGAUCAAGUACUAGCUUGAACAGUAAGAUGUGCAUACAUGUGAACAUUCACUUACGGUGUAAAGGAGAAUGAUGAUUUAUUUGGUAUGGUUUUUAUUACUUUUUUUUUUUCCUUCAGUUUCCUAUUCCUGAAAAACAAGUUGAAUUUUGGCUGAACCAUCCUUUCUAAACAGAAGCACUUUUGCCAUUGAUGCUGGGCACAUAGUCAAAGUAAGCAUCUAAAUGGAUAUUUUUUUAAGUAUGAGUUGGAAACUUUUUUUAGCCAGAGGGUACUGUUAAGUAUAUUUUAAGCACGUUAUUAUGCCUCAAGGGUCAGACAUUUCAUACAGUAUUAAAUAAAAAGUUCUCAUCGUUAUCAUAUACUCUGUACAGAGGGGCUCAAGGAAAGCAUUGCUUCAACUUCUUGUAAGGUCAACAAAGGAAAGGUUUCGGG